GUUUGGCAAUGAGAAGAGUGAGUCUGAGACCAGUGGAUGAACUGACAGAAGAUAAAAGAUUCCAAAAAAGGAUGCGUGAGAGGGCCACACAGAACUGGAGCACGGGCGGCUGGCUGCUGGCACUUGGCCUGGUCUGGCUGUGGACCCACCUGGCCUCGGCUUCCUUGCAGCCUCCAACUCCUACAGUCCCCGUGAAGCAGGGCACCUGCGAGGUGAUUGCUGCUCACCGCUGCUGUAACCGGAACCGCAUCGAGGAGCGCUCCCAGACUGUCAAAUGCUCUUGCUUCUCUGGCCAGGUGGCCGGCACCACCCGGGCAAAGCCCUCCUGCGUGGACGAGAACUUAGAGCUGCCCUCACUGCUUCCUGCUCCCACAGCCUCCAUCGUCCUGCAGAAGUGGUGGUGCCAGAUGGAGCCCUGCCUGCUGGGCGAGGAGUGUAAAGUGCUCCCGGAUCUCUCGGGAUGGAGCUGCAGCACCGGACACAAAGUCAAAACCACCAAGGUCACACGAUAGCUCUUGGGGUCAUGACCUGACAGCUUGAUUGAGCCACGCACUGCAGAAUGGUGUCCAGUUACCAGCUGGCAAAUAUGGAGAUUCACUUCCCUGGAUCCACACCCUGUGUGAAGUGCAGCAGCACUCUUUCCAGAGGUAUUGCAGUUAAGCUUCUCAGUAGUUACGUCCUCAUAUCUCCAGGCCAAUCUCCAGCCAACAUAGCUGUGGUGCUGGGCUUUCCCUGGGGGACACAGAAGAAGGUCAAGAUAGAAUCCCUACCCUUAAGGAAUGUUCAGUCAAGUUGAAGAGCUGACGAAAGGCAAUCUAGGUAAUUUAGAUUAAAGUGUGUAGUAUCAGACUGGUUUCUGGCCCAUAUGCUGUGAGCAUGUUGGGGACCGUUCACCCCACUCCAGUUGAGGAGACUCCCAUAGCCCUUCAGCCAACCUCUGGCCACAGGGCACAAAGACAGUAGUUCAUAUUCACCACCCACUACUUCAGUGGGACCUCACAUAGGUCCGAAUCCCCGGCAAGCUGCUGACCUACUGAAGGAAAACACUCUCCCCUGAUGCCAGACCAGCUGUAUCUCAUUUGGAUGGGGCUGAAUUGACUUGGGGAAGGAAAGCAGAGAUGAAGCCAAACAACUUUCCAGAAAAGCUUCUGCAGAGGCCUUGCCUGCUUUGGACACACUGGGUAUGGGCUGGACAGGACUGUAAAAUCACCCCCACCCAAACACCCCAGGUUUUUGUUUGCUUGCUUGUUUUAACAGAUGAGGAAACUGAGUCCCAGAGAAAUGAGGUGACUUGCCCAAGGUGUCACAGCUUGGGCUCCCAAAUCUCUAAGACGGCUGACCUUUCACUUAGCCUGGAUGUUGGGAUUCCAGCCUGGGCCUUCCAUGCUGUUUUUAUCUCAAGAACAGGAACCUGCAAAGAACUGGCUGGACAGCUCAAUGAUUUUGAGCAAGAACUUUUACAAAGUUCACUCCUAUCUGAAAUAAUCCAGAAUACCUACCCACCAGGAUGCAGGACCACUGGGUCUCCACUCUGCCCUCAGCCCCAAAACUUCCAAACAGAACCCAUGACAGCCCAGAGGUCACUCAGCCCAGUUACAGCUGAGCACUCUGAGCUGGAAGCCUUGUCCACUCUAACCCGUCUCUUCCGUAGUCCUUAGGCUGUGCCUCUCAGAGGCUCUGGCUCCAACAGAGGGUCCGGGUGGCGUCCAGGGCUAGUCAGAUUCCUCUUCCUUCAAAGGCCGUGCUAGGCAGCAGGGGAGCCCCUGCUAGGCAACAGGGGAGCCCCUGCUGGGCUGGAUGGAGCCUCUGUCCAGGACUGAAGGUCAGCCAGUCAGGCUGGCACCCUAGGUGGUCUGCGGAUGACACACAGGCCUCAGGGACUCAGAGACGCGAAUUACUUGGAUGUCUCAUCGAUAAGAGAAUUACAGCCUCAGUGACUGCUGGCAUCAGCUGGGACCAGCUAGGAUCAGCUGGGAUUGCCAGGACUGCAGGGUGUGAUGGGGCCUUGAGGGGAGGGGUGUCAGUAGAGACCAACUGGGACAAUGCUGAAUUCUGACCCUCAGAGAAGAUAGAUCAGAUGACGGGUUGAGGCUGAGUCUCAGUCCCUUCCUGUUUCUCUCCCUCCCUCCCCAUGCAGUAGAAUCAAGACCGUUCACCCCACUCCAGGGUUUAUCUUCUUGUUUGCCUUUUUGUUGUUUUUGGUAACGGGGUGACCAAUGAUGCCGGCUUCGCACUAGACUGUAGAUGUCAGAACUCUGACAACUUCGAAUCUCUGCACAUAGUGGGGUCACAGGGUGGGGUAGUCAAGGAGUAGGUCAAAGGUUGUCAUCACCUCCUUCAAGGUUGGGGAGUGGAUUAAGGGAUUGGCACUCUUUCUGGAAAGGAUAGUAAAUAUUUGCAGGCCACAUACAGUCUCUGGUAUAUUCUUUGUUUUUGUUGUUGUUGAUUUUGUUUCAUGUUGUUUUAAAAAACCUUUUAAAAUGUAAAAACCAUUCUUAGCUCAAGGGCUGUACAAAACCAGGCCCCAGGCAAUUUUUGGAAGGUUGCCAACCCCAAUAAACCUUUGAAAGCAGGCCAUCUCUGCAGCUUGGGUCUGCCUCCCGGCCUGCCUUUGGUGCAGUGGGAACCUGAGCGUGAGGGGUGGGUCGGGUUUUGUUUUUCUUCUAAUGUUCCUUGAGAGACUGGUGAGUGAAUUAUUUAGGCUACAAAUGAGACAGCUUUAGCAGAGUCGGA